ACCUGUCAUUAGUCACUAUACGCCGGUGAGAGCUUAUGGUGUGCCAGCAGCCGUUACUCCAGCGCCAAAGCCAAUCGUAUCUGUGCUCGUUGUGCUGCUUGGAUUAUUUUUCACAGCCCAAAAGUGGCUGCGCUAACCACCAGCUCGGACGACGCUCCGGACGCGGACGUACGAUGGAGCCGCAACCCACCCGUGGCACCCAACAGCGUGGACAAUGCGGGGGUCAGCAGGGCGAAAGAAAGAGCCCGUCUGACGUCCAUCAUCGAGCAUUUGACCGCCGCCCGGGGCUCAACUUUGACACAGAGCAGCGCUCGGUACGGUGAAGGUGGAACCGAAGCCGAAGCCACAACGGAGGCACCAAAGUCGCGAAAGCGGCGUGCACACCACGCAGCCGCACCCCUCAGUGGGGACAUGGCCGAGGUGAAAACCGAGAGGGUUAGUCCGGUGCCGUCGCCUAGCGGCGCCAACCUACCCGCUAUCAAACACAUGGAGCAGAUGAUGAACAGAAACUACAGCGACUUCAUGCGCAGUCUGGCAGCCAAAUACAACAACUCCAAUCCUAACGAAGAUUCAACAAGAGCCUCGGACGUUUUCAGUUACUUCAGCAACUCCCGCAACGGCUACCUAAAAGGUCCAUUUCCCGGUGCCACCCCGCCCCCCGAGAUCCCGACCCCGAAGGCGCCAAAGCCCGCGGAGCCGUCGCCCCUACUGCUGGGCCACCCGGCGCUGGGCUUCCCCGGGCUGAUGGACAUGAGCUCGACUCAGGCGCUCCUCAGCAUGGUGCGUUCGGCCAACCUGGAGCAGUAUCUCAAGGGCAAGCAGGGUCCCCUGGACCUGAGUGCCGCGGCACCGCACCCCAGCAAGAAGGUGCGCACCGAGCUGAAGAGCGUGUCGCCCAAGCCGCCGCCGCGCUCGGCCAGCUCUGGCAGCGCCAACAGCGCCUCCGCCGCCUUGGGGGCCUUGGGCGCCGCCGCCGCCCACGGCUGCCCCUCGCUGUGCACCGACCGGCCCUGCGAGGGCCAGGGCAUCUCGCACUGGGGCGUCGAAGACGUCUGCAGCUUCGUCGCCAGCAUCGACAUCUGCGCCGAGUACACACAGGUGUUCAGGGAGCAGUCGAUCGACGGCUCGGCGUUGCCACUCUUGACCGAAGAACACCUCACCAACAGCCUGGGUCUGAAACUGGGUCCAGCGCUGAAGCUGCGGGCGACGAUCGCGCGGCGCCUCGGCCACUGCGCCUCCUGCCUCCACUGCGUACACUGCCACGGUGGCGGCAGCACCGGCGGCGGCGCCGCCUCCCCGACCGCCUCCAUCACGCAGGCCGCGGCCCCGUCGCCACGACAGUCGGCGUCGCCGCAAGCGCCGUCGACGCCACGGGCGCCGAGCGCCGGGCCCAGUUCUGCCUCAUGAGGCGCCAACCGCGCGGUGUACAUUGCUCAAGAAUUUAUAUUGUUGCGUCUGAAAUGCGUGUUUGCGUUUGUUUGCUUGUUUUGUUCGUUUUGGCGCCUCGGGAACCGCGUGAGAUCUCCUCCACGUAUUCGGCGUAAUCUUUGUUUUGCGCGCGCGGGACUGCUGCAGGGAGUUUUUGAGCUGAUUCCUUCGCUCCGUUUGUUUGCUUAAUAUGAGACGACGAUUAUGCGGUUUUGGACUAAACCAAAGGAAAAUCGAUGCAAAUUGGGAGAUUUUGUGGGCCAAAUCGUGAUUGUAAAGGCUCCUGUGGCGAUCUUGAGUUUUCUGUAUCGAGGAAUGAGUUCAAACAGACCUGACUGUAAGUCUGGUUCGAAAAAGAGUACUACUUCAAACUAUUUGAAGAUGUUACAGUUCCGUAGAAAAAAUAAUGAACAGUAUUCACUCGCUUUUUGAUAUAAAAGGCAAAUAUUAUUUUUUUUAAUUCUGAUUAAACUAAACAUCAGCUAAACAGGAUGAGGUUCUGUGGCAGAAAUUGGAAUUUCUUCCAGCGUGUGAGUUGCAUGAUUUGCAGCAAGAUUAAGCCUAGCUUAAGUACUGACUAGAGUGAUUGAAAUAGUAUACGGACAUGAUGUUAAAUGCAUAGAUUUCACAAUUUAUUGUAAAGCAAAGUUAGUUAGGUAUGCAGUUUGAAAUCAGUGAAGUGUAAAAAUUAUUCACUAUUAUACACUCCUUUGGAAUACAUUAAAUUAUACAUAGUGCCUAUAUGCUUGCUACGGCGAGGCAGAGAGAACAAUCAGCACAUCUGUGAUAACAAAACCACACACGUAACACGACAUUGAAACGUUUGUUGAAAAUUCAUUUGUGCAUGUUUAAGAUAUAUACACGUGUUUGCCGUUAUCUGUGUCCAAAUUGUGCAAUAUGUAAAUCGGAUCAAUUUAUCUUUAGAUAAAUAGGAAGAAAGAACAACAGGAGUUUUUGUAGUUGACAGAGAUUUAUAACUUUUGUUGUGGAGGUGCUAAAUAGCUGAAGUUGCGUGUAAAGAGAACACUUAUUUAUUGACCUCUAUGAAGAGCUUUUAUGUUAUUUACAUUUAAAAAGAAGGAUGAAUGUUCAGGAAACACUGAGUGCAUUUUCGUGUCGAAAGAGAGUAGAUUGUGCUUUGGAAAUAUUGUUAUUUGGUAACUAUUUUGAUUUCAAUAAACGUGAAUUCAAUAUAAUUAUUAA